UUUCCAACAGCUGAUUAGGCACGCCGGCUAAAAUUCUUGUAAUUGACAAACAAAAACAAACGUUUUAAGCAUGGGUGUUUGCCGUUUUUUCCAACAAGGCACCUGUCGCUUUGGGACCAAGUGCCACAAUGAACACUUUGAUGUCAAACAAUAUAUACGAACAGAUAUCGAGUCCAGCAUGAAUGGCAAAAUGUGGCCACUGUCAGUAUACGGACCAUUUAAGGACAAGCCUAGCAUAUCGAACUUUAUAGAGGAUCAGUGCUUCGAAGAGAUCAGAUACAAGGCGUACGAAAGCCGAAGACAGAAUUGCUUUGAGCAGUAUCAGCAGCAAUUUUCCAAAGAGGUACAUGAGGCUAAUACAAAGAUGCAAAUGAUGCUGCAACUGACGCCAGAUAUAAUUGAUAUGAUUAUUAAGCUAUAUGAGGCGCCGGAGGGUGGGCAGACAGCGGCUGAUAACAAUAGCAAUAAAAAUCCCUUCGGCAUGAUGUCUGGCGGCAACCCCAGUCAGGCGAGCUCUAUAUUUGCUAAACCUACUUUGGGUGCCAGCGGUGGUAAUAUAUUUGGUGGUGCUACAACCAACAAUAAUAGCAUCUUUGGAAAUGCCGGCGGCAGUCAACAAGGCAGCAUUUUUGGCAACGCAGCCAGCACUGGUGGCAAUAUAUUUGGUGCACAGCAACCACAGCAACAGCCUUCUGUGUUUGCACAGCAGUCAAAUCCAUUUGGCCAAGCGCAACCUUCGAUAUUUAGUCAGGCACAACCACAGCAGCAGCAACAACAACAGCAACAUCCACAACAGCAGAUGAAUAUUUUUGCACAGGCGCAGACCACAGCGCCCGCUUAUAACGGUGGAAAUAUCUUUGCGCAGGCAGCUAAUCCACAAGCUACGCCGUUCGCUCAACCGUCUGUCUUUGGCACAGCUACACCCAACAUGCCAUCCUUUUCCCAGCCAGCGCCAGCAACUGGCAACAUUUUUGCGCAAGCAGCGCAGUCGACUCCAGCAGGUGGUUUCUUUGGUCAAGUAGCUGCUCCACCUGGCUUUCAGCAGCAUAUGCAAGCGGAGGCGCCACAAGAAAUGCACAUGCAACAACAACAACAACAACAACAGCAGCAGCAGCAGCUGCCACCACAGCCGCAACAAACUACAAGCGCAAUUUACAGUCGCAUGGAGGACGUAACACCAGAGGAGCUGGCUGCCUUCCAGGCGGAUCAAUUUUUGCCUGGUCAAGUGCCCUUCAAGCCGCCACCCAGAGAGCUUUGUUGAGUUAACAUAAAUUUAAUAUCUAAGUUUUCUGCAAGUCUAAUUAUAAUAAUAAAUAAAGCUAAAC